AUGUUGUCUAUCAUGUCAUUUGAUCGCUACAUAGCUAUCUGUCAUCCACUAAGGUACCAUUCCAUCAUGACUAAGAACACUGUUGUAAGUCUCAUUGCCUCUGCUUGGCUGAUUGACUUUCUACUGGUGGGAAUCCUGUUUGGGCUCACGUUGCGUUUCCCUGUUUGUAAAACAGUUAUCGUGAACAUCUAUUGUGACAAUGUGUCCCUGUUAAGACUGACCUGUGCAACAGACACCACAGUGAACAACAUCUAUGGCUUGUUUAUCACAGGUACAUUUGCAGGAAUGAUAUUUGUCAUAUUACCUCCAGGUCUGAACCCAGUAAUAUAUGGUAUCAAAACUAAAAAGAUUAGAGAUUGUGUCAUCAGAGAUCUACAGCCUGCUAACCCAAGCAGCAGGUUAAAGAGCACCCUCAUCAAAAUCAACUCACACACCCAUAUAAGAGCGAUAAUUGUCCUGAUAUGA